AUGGAGGACACGGUUCUAGAGGAGUGAGACGGUUUCACGAUUAUUAUCAAAUUCUCGAGUUUUACAGAAAUUCAGAUGAAGAGAAAUCAAUUCGACAUGAUCCAUGUGUCGGUACUCUCAAGGUUUUCCAGCUUUUUUUCAAAAUAAUCCCUAAUUUUUAUUAUAGUUCUGGAAUCGCUUGAUGGUACCGGUUUCUCUUCUUUUUUGCUUCAUAACCAUCAUUCUCGGCAUUUCAGAUUUGUAUUUUUCAAAAUAGAUUGCGAAAAAAAUUUGAAAAAUUUUAGGGUUAAACAAUUCGAUAACGCCUUUUCUUAUGUGAGUUUUCAUUUUUUGAUAAACCUAAAAUCUGGACGAUUUUCUAGUGGCCUUUGUAGGGUUUUGACGUUUUAGAGGUCAUCCUAGAAGUGGAAUUAGUGGCCGCUUAAGUAGCUAAAAUUUAGGCGCUUUUUAGAGGUCUACGUGGUACUAAUGUUUCACUGAAACUACUAUAUCGGCCACUGAUACACGAAACAGUGGCUCCUAUGUAGGUGGUUUUAGUGGCCACUGUAGUGUUCUCUCCGAGUAGUCCUUUAGGAACUUCUUAAGAGGCCACUAGGGUUCUCGGAAAAUGGUAGCGAAGACCGGACCUUUCUAAGCAGUUCUAGAGAGCACUUAAAAGUGCGGACACCACUAAAGUGGUCACUAGAAAUGCCCCGACACGUUCGAAAACUGAACUCAUCGGUGUGUGAGGAUUUCUAUCAUGAAAAAUCGAGGUAUCCUCAACUUUUUUCAGUUAUUCGUAUACAUCCUCAGUGUCAUUUCGUUGUUCAAGAAUUCCGCCGUUUCGCACUUAUGUUGUAUGAUCGCGAGGGUAAUUUUGAAAAAAAAACUUCUUGAAAACGAAAAUCCAGGGGAACUGCGUUAUCAAUACAAUCAUGUCUGUGGCGGUGGUUUGUAUAGAGCUGUCUUUUGGUUUUUUCUUUCUCCUUUUCACUUGAAUAUUUUUCAUUUUCCAGGCGUUACCAAGUUUCCCUUUAUAACGUUACUAAUUUUGUUCCUUUUCUUGGUGUUUGACGUCUGGUUCACGUUCAUUUCUUACAAAUUACUCCGUGCUGCUCCAGGAAAAAGUUGA